UCACACUACUACAACUACAACCAUUACUUGAAUAACAACACACUAGCACCAUCACUGCCACUACUUAACUACUAGUAAUUUAAGAACUUAUACUUAUUAAAGCAAUUACUGUAUCAGGAAGUAUCCCCCGGAUCACGCGCAUGCCCACACGUGAGCUCCCCUUACUCCGCCAUAGUUACCAUAGACCCUUAUUACUAAUUUACACUGCCAUCUCCCCCACUACCACCACAACAGUUGCAGAUCACUACUAGGUUGUUGAAAGUGACUGCAUACGUUGUACUUGUCACUAUAUUGUGGUCCUGAAUAUACUAAUAAAUAUCACCAAUAAAUACUACUAAUAAAUAUUACGUCCAUUAAAUACUAUUGCUACUACUACCACUACAUAUCACUAAUUACACUAAAUAUUACUACUAUCAGCACCACAAAAUUUUACUAUCACUAUAGCAGUGCAUACCACUAGACCACCGUACCAUGCUCCUAAUCAACCGAAGUAAUCCCAGCAUGAAUAGUACUUCAGAUACCACAGAAAUCGUUUCGGCCGAGCUUCCGGCCGAGUCUACUACAUCCAAUGAAGAAACAACCACCAGAAAGACUAAAUUGUUUGGAACUCUCUUCAAAAAGCUACCGAUAAUCUCCCCCAGUACCUCAGUAAACAGUACGACUACCACCACCAAUAAUCCUACGACUACUCCGACUUUAAAGGCUGCUCCGACUCUAAAGGCUGCUCCGGCCAAUAUCAUAUCGGACUUGAACGACAUCACCAUAAUAACGAGCGACAAUGACAAUGACAACGAUAAUGAUAAUGAUAAUGACGAUUACAAUGAUAAUGAUAAUGAUAAUGAGCCCGACGAAGAAGAAGAAGAAGUAGUAGAAGAAGAAGAAAUCACGUUGCAAUCCCCCAUCGCUGUACCCCCAGCAGCAGUAACAGAUACCAUGCAUAGAUUAUCGGUAGCCACCAUCUCUCCUCAGAAUUACUCCCAUAUGAAUAGUGAUCAAGAGAGAUAUACGUCAUUCACAGCAGAGUGUAUAUCACUCCAGAAUUCGGAGAUGACAUCGCAUUUUGAAUCAGAAAGUUACAUUGAUCAGACUUCCAGUAUGACCAAGAACGAUCUGAUGAUAGUUAGUCAUGAUACAGAAGUUCAAUCACAACCAGUUCCAUCUGCAGUAUCAACACAACCACAACCACAAUCACAACCAUUAGCACCACUUCCACCACCAAAGAGAAAUCUCCGGAACUUAUUGCGUAUAGCAUCCUUCUCUAAUCCGGUAAACGUCCACAGUAACAACCCUCACAACAGCAAUAGCACUACCACUACCACUAACCCUACUGAUCCACUAUAUUCGCAUCCCAAUUCGACUCACCACUCACCGGAAAUACCACUCACUUCCGACCCCUCGGUGCCCAACAAUUUAGUAUCAGACAAUCAAUUUGCCUUUGAUGAAACGCAGGACUUGACGGCAUACCUCUCUGAUCUGGAGUCGGAUCUCAAUUUCGAUCCUAAGAAUGAAGAGAAUGAAUUCGAAUAUAAAGUCGGAGGUUAUCAUCCUGUUUCAAAAGGUGAGACAUACUAUUCGAAGACAUUCCCCAAUCGGGAAUAUAUCAUACUCCGGAAAUUAGGUUGGGGACAUUUCUCAACGGUAUGGCUAGCCAAGUCUCGGUAUAAUCCUAAUUUGAAUGUUAUGGACUAUGAGUCAUCACCCAUUAAUACCGAAGAAGAAAACACAGCAGAAUUCUAUGUAGCCAUUAAGUUUGUCAAAUCCAAUAAGAACUACUUGGAAGCGGCAGAAGAUGAGAUUAGAAUCCUUAAAGCAUUAAGUGAUCCAAUUCAUUACAGUCGUCUAACCACAGCCAAACAAUACUGGCAUGAUCAUGAUCCUCAACUUCAUCCGGGCUAUAAACAUAUCAUGAAGCUAUUAGAUAACUUUCAGAUUAUAGGACCCAAUGGGAAUCAUGUGUGUAUGGUGUUUGAGAUAUUGGGAGAGAAUGUAUUGAACUUGAUCUACAAGUAUAAGCAGUUGUAUCUGAGUGUGGGGAAGAGCAAGGCUGUAGAAGCAGCAACAGUCGCUGAACCAACAGCUGCACAACCACCACCACCACCACCAACUACAGCCACUGCUGCUGCUACUACUACUACAGCAGCAGUACCACCACCAACUAAUGCAACUCCUCUAACAACCACCCCCAAUAUGAAGUUCGGCAAGUGGGACUCCAAAUACUUUAAGAAAAAUACAAAGUCCAUGUUAAGCUUGGGCCUCACCAAGAAACCCACCUCCAAACACAGAAGCUCCAUCUCCCCUCAUUCCAACUCCAUCACCAUCACUCCCAGUAUCUCUCUAGACCAACACCAUCAACCACCAGGGGUCUCCUCAUCAGCUGUAUCCAUCAGCUCCGAAACUGAACCAGAAGAACACCAUCAUCACAACCACCACAACCAUCAAAACAGUCACAACAAUAAUAACAGCUUGGAAUCUCAAUUAAACUCUUCAUCUCUCCUCAAAUUACUUGCCAACUCUCAGUACUCUGGUGGAAUCCCUCUCAAUUUAGUCCGUCAGAUUGUUAGACAAUUACUAUUGGCUCUUGACUAUAUGCAUCGAUGUGGAGUUAUCCAUACGGACUUGAAGCCUGAAAAUAUCUUGAUAGAAGUAAAGGAUAUCAAUCGACUAAUUAAAGUGAUUGAAUUAGAGAAAGUAGCCAAAUUGGGUAUAAUCCCCCCCGUACUGCUGCCCCUCCCUCAUCUGGGGAAACCUCCUGGACUUUUAUCACUCUUUGGUAGGAAAAGUUCAUCUACUUCUAUUAAGAAGAGACAACCAACAUCUACUUCAUUAUCGAAUUCUCGAAAUCAUUCAGUAGCUUCAACUAAUUCUGUAAGUUCUUUCCAUUAUAAGAAGUCUAAGAAUUCGAUUUCAGCUCAUUCAGUAACUCCUAUAAGAAGUUCUAAACCAUUAAGUUCAUCUAUGAAUCAAGAGAUCUUCUUUAAAGAGGUGAGUUAUAAUGAAGAUGAUAAAGAAAAGGAUAAAGUAAAGGAAAAGGAUAAGGAUAAGGAUAAACAUUCAGUACUCAGUCAGAAGGCAGCAGUAGGAACAGGAACCAUAUCUCUUGCCUCUAUGAAAGAAGAAGAUGACGAAGAAGAGCCAGUUGAUAGUAAAAGACAUCCAGGACCAGAUAUAUCGAUAAAGAUUGCUGAUUUAGGUAAUGCUACAUUCACUAAUUUCCAUUUCACCAAUCAGAUUCAAACCAGACAAUAUAGAUCACCAGAAAUCCUUUUGAAAUAUAAAUCUUGGGGUUCAUCUACUGAUCUUUGGUCAGUUGGAUGUAUAAUAUUUGAAUUAAUUACAGGUGAUUACCUCUUUGAUCCUCAUGAUGGACAAUAUUUUGAAAAGGAUGAAGAUCAUUUAGCUCAAAUCAUUGAAUUAUUAGGACAUUUCCCUCUGGAUGAAUACCUUUUGGAUAGUAAAUUAACUUCGAAAUUCUUUAAACUUAAUGCAUUAAAUAAUGAGAUUGUAUUUAAGAAUAUCUUUAAUUUAAAGUAUUGGGGUUUAAGAGAUGUACUUAUAGAAAAGUAUAAAUUUCAUCCUCAAGAUAUUCAAGUUAAGUUGAUUAGUGAUUUAAUCUUAAAAUGUCUUCGAUUCAAUCCUCAUGACCGAUUUGAUGCUGGGUCAUUACUUGAGCAUCCUUGGCUUGAUGAGGAGUUGAAUUUUGAUGAGAUUGAUAUUGAUGAUGAGAGGAUAGAUGAGAGAAUGAGGAGGAUGAGGAAUAAUAGUAGUGAAUUGCCAGGGUAUACGAGAGUGUCUGAGAGAUGAGGGCUUUGAAGUGCUGUAUAUACUAGAUAUGAUAUAUAUAUACUCUAUACUAUACAUAGAUACUAUAUAAAAUAAAUACAUAAUA